AUGUCCACCGCUUCUCCCCUCCACCACGGCCACGGCAAUGGCAGCUACGCCAACUCGCCCGCUCCCACCGGCGUGACCGGCCGAGACGCUGGCGUCGCCGCAGCUGCUGUUGCCGAUUCCGCUGUGCGUUCGGGCUCCGUACCUGCGUCGGCUUCCGGCAGCGCUCCUGGCUCGGCUUCGGGUUCCAUGUACGGCGAGGCACACACUCAGCAUCACACUGGCCACCACCACUACUCGGCUCACCACACUCACUCGCACGGCGCGCUCACCAGCCCGGUCAACGGUGGCCACAGCUCGAGCUGGUCGCCUUAUGGCUACCCUGCAGCCCCUGUCUACGGCGGCAGCCCAAGUCCCUAUGGCCACAACGCGUACUCUCAAUAUGCUAGCGGCUAUGGCUAUGCCAACGGUACCGCUCACCACGUUGCCACGGCUCCCACCACGCCUUCGGCCACCAGUACCGCCUAUCACACUGGCGUCAAUGGCAUGAUGAUGCAUCACGGACAGCACGCCGGUUAUGGCUACAGCAGCCACCAUCUCGGAUCGCACACGCCCACCCAUACCCACACCCACUCUUCGGCCUACUUUAUGAACGGCGACGGCGCCCACAGCCACCUCAACAGCUCGGCGCACCUCACUUCGCCCUCGUAUACCACCGCCCCCCAGUACUCGACCCAGCUCCCGCUGGCCGGACGACACCGUGUCACCACCACGCUGUGGGAGGACGAGGGUACGCUCUGCUUCCAGGUCGAUGCCCGUGGCGUGUGCGUGGCUCGUAGACACGACAACAACAUGAUCAACGGUACCAAGCUCCUCAACGUCUGCGGCAUGUCGCGUGGCAAGCGAGACGGAAUCCUCAAGAACGAAAAGGAACGAAUCGUUGUCAAGGUGGGCGCUAUGCACCUCAAGGGUGUCUGGAUCUCGUUUGCACGCGCCAAGCAGCUCGCCGAGCAGAACGGUAUCGCCGAUGCGCUCUAUCCUCUCUUUGAGCCUAACAUCCAGUCGUUCCUCUACCAUCCAGACAACUACCCUAGAACUGCUGCCGUCAUUGCUGCCGCUCAAGAGCGACAGGCUCAGCGUCAGCGAGCUCCCGGAGGUCAGCCUAGCCCGGGCGCCAACGGCACGUCGCAAGCACCUCCGCUCAUGCGCGCCAACACCACUCCAUCCAACGGCGACACGUCGACGUUCAGUAGUGGGCUGAGCAGCCUGGGCAGCUGGACCGGCUCGCACGACCAGGGCCACGCCUCGGCUCCCACUACCGCUCAACCCUCGCCCUCAUCGAUGCACAAUGGCGCCACUCAGAUGCACAUGAGCCUCUCAAACCACGGCACCGCGUCGCCCACAUACGCGCAGUCGCAACAGCAACAACAACAACAGCAGCAGCAGCAGCAACAGCAACAGCAACAGCAACAGCAGCAGCAGCAGCAGGCGUACCCCAUGACCGCAGCGCAGCAGUUGGCGCGACCUUCUGUGGGCGACCGACGUCAAUCGGCUCCGAUCUCGCUCAACAACAGCGUCGGCCAUGCUGAAAACCCGUAUGGCGCUACCAACCUUGGUGGUGCUGCUAACGGAGGAUUGGUGAACGGAGCUCGCAAGGUGUCUGGGUUGAAGCGUUCCUGGAACGAUGCCGACGACCUGAACGGUUCAGCUGCCGCUUCGCCUACCGAGCGUGACAUGCAGCGAAGUGGCAGCGGCGGCUCGAACGGCCUCAAGCUCGAUGGCGACGACUUGCACAGCCCGGAUAGCUCGGACGACCGGCUGGCCAAGAAGACGAGGGGCAUGCCUCAGCGCGGCGGUGGUGCUACCACUGCGAUGCCUUCUAUGUCCACCAACAUGCUCAUGGGUGUCGGCAACGGCAGCGGCAUCCACCAUGAGUAA